AGUUUGUAACCUGCUCCUUUGGUUUGAUGGCUAUGGUACAUAAUCAUUGCUCUCGCGUACUGAGUCGAUUAUGAAGCUCCCAGCCUCGCCAACCAAAAUAGGAGUUUCAGUUAUAUAUUGCCAUGUCAAAUCAUCACACUGAUACAACACGAACAACACAACAUGAUCAUCGGAUCGAUCGUUGCAAAUUGUCGGUCGAUCGCGCCGCAUGCCCCUUGUAUGCUCCGCUGGGCGCAAGCUGCUUCAACAUCACUUAAAUUCAACCCGACAUCACCUAACUUAGUUCACCAUAAAACCCACGCACCGGUAUUAGGAACCCUAAGCAUACCCUCACUCUCUGGUAAGAUCGAGGAUGAUCUCCCGUUAUCAGCUAGACUGAUCGAUCUUGAGCACCACUCAAUUAAGUACCACUCAUCACACUCAUCUCUGAUACUAAUAAAAUAAUUGUGAGGAUCAACGAGAGCCAUCAGUUAUCGGUUAACUACCAAGCAGACCGCGCGCGUGUAAAAAUUGAAAGUUUUAUUGUGAAUAGAGUUCGGGUCUGACCGAUGUAAGUUGGUGCAGUGGUGCAAAAUAGUAAUAUGUGGUUUACACAAAAGUGCUAUUGUUUUCUCACUCCUUAGAGCGUAGCAGAAAUUUCCAACAACAACAUGAGUACUCCAAGAUCAGUUAUGUGUAUUAGGGAGUAGAGUAGAAUUCUUCGAGAUCGGUAAGGCUUAAGCUAGCCUACUAGCCCAAAAAAGUGAACCAGAGAUUUAAUUUGUGUUCUUUGAUGCCUGUUUAGGCCUUUUCUUUGGAUCCAACAUCAUGGUGGUGCUUUGUACCAUGAAUAGGUGGUGUCGUGGUGGUGAUCGCGCCAUGGGCGUGCCAAGCAGCGGGGUUGCCGGCAUGGCGCCGGUGGUGUUUCCCCUCUUCAACUGUCCGGACAGACCGAGAUAUGCUGUCGCCGUGGGAUACACGCGGACACGAACACUACACUCAACAUAACAACCAACCGUAGGCUAAGAUUAGGAUAAGUCCAACAAUAUACGUAAGUACACUUCAUAUGAUCAUACCAUUUUUUCUCUGGGAAACUGAAAUUUCUUUUUUGUCUGGGAUGGCUCGUUUAACUAAGCGUGUGGUUCCGCCUUUUAUCAAACCAGAUUUUUGCUAUGGGUCAAGUCAUUGGGUCGGGGGACCAAUGCCCAAAGCAACUCUUCUUUUUUACUACUUUUUUUUUGUCUCCGAGUCUCAUGCGCCCUCUGCGGAGCGGUGACAAGUUUUCUCCGAGAAACUUUUUGGAAUGUAUUCCUUUCCAUGCACUUAUUUAAUAUUUUCUCCACGAUUAUCUCCAGCGACAAGUGUAGAAUAAGCUUAGGUUAAAAUACACAGAAAUAAAAAAUAAAAAAAAAAACUUUAAGCGACACUGCCAUAAAUUCUGUUAUUGUUUUUUAAAGGAUUUAUCAAAAAAAAAAAAAAUCCUGAAUUAUUACAUAGGGAUUUUUUUCGCAGGAUCCCCUAGAAUGGUUUCAGCAAGUAAUACUCCAAAGAUUCUUCCAGGUAUUCCUUUAGAAGUCAUUCCUGUCCAUGUAUUUCUUUAAACAUUUUUCCAGAGAUUCUUUUACGAAUUCCUCCAUGAAGUUUUGCUUCGGUCUUCUUCGUGAGCUCCUCAAGGCAUUUCUCAAAAAAAAUUAUCUUGAUAGUAGUCCACGGGCUUCUUCAGUAAUUUCUCCCGGGGUUUCCUCAGGGAUUUUUUACGAAAUUUUAGAAAUUCGUGCAUGUAUUGGUUUAUGUAUUUCUUCAAGCAUUUUUAAAGGUAUUCUUCCACGAAUAUAAUCAGAGUUUUCUCCAGGAGUUUCCCUCAAAAAUUCCUUGAGGGAUUUCUUUACAAAUUCCACCAGUACAUUUAUCUGAAAUUUCUGCAGGCAUUUUUGAGAAAUUUCUUCACUAAUUCCUUCAUGGUUUUUUCCGGGAAUCUCUCAAAAAUUCUCGAGCAUUUAUUCCUUGCAAUUACUUCCAGAGUUCCUACAAAAACUUAUCAUCAGUUUUCCUCCUGGGAAUUUGGGAGAUAUCCUGAGGAACUUCUUCAAGUAUUUUCACAGGCAUCUCCAGUUUGGAGUUUUUCCAGAAAAAAAAUAACAUUCGAAAUUGCUUCAGGAGUUUUUGUCCUGGAAUCUGAAAAUUCUGAAGAAGUUUCUUGAGAUACAUUUGAAGCUAUCUAUAAAGUAAUUUCAGAAGAAAUACAAGCAGGAAUUUCUGAAAAAAAAUUAAAAAAAAAAAUUUGGCACAAAUUUUUGCUAGUAUUCUUGCGAAAAUCUCAGGAAAUAUCCGAAGAAAUCCCAUGGAAAUUUGUGAGGAAACUCCAGAAAGAAUUUCAGGGAAAAUUCCUGGAGAAAUAUCUGGAGUAAACCUUAGGGAAACGCGUGAAGAAAUAACUAUAUCAAAUUAAAAAAAAAAAAAUCCUGCAAGAAUCUGUUAUUGAAAAGUCUUGGAUGAUUUUUUGAAUGUACUCCUAGAGCAAUCUGUGCACUUAUUGUUGAAAGAAUUCAUGUACAAAUUCUUAGAGAAACGCCUAGAUAAGCUUCUGUAAAAAUUCCAAGUAUAAACUCUUGAGAUAUUUCUAAAGGAGUUCUUGUAGAAAUUCUUAUGAAUUAUUUCUGAAUAAAUUCAUGGGGUGAUUUUUUAAAAGAAUCCAUUAAUAACUUAAAAGUUGUUUUUAGGAGAAAUACCAGUGAAAUUUCUGUCGAAAUUGCAUGUAAAAAGUUCGGUAGAAUUGUCUGUUUAAGCUUCUGCAGGAAUCUCUGGAGGAAUUCUUGCCUGAACUGAUGAAACAAAUAACGCUAGAAUUCUUGGAGAAAUUCCUGCAUGAUCCUGCAUUCAUCUGGAAAGAAUAACGGGGAUGAACCAGCCUCGGGCUGAAUUUCCCCAUAAUAAAAAAAGUCAAUAAUAAUGGAAAGAAUAACUGAAGACAUUCCUAGGCAUAUUCCUGUGGGAGUUUACAAUUGAAUCAACCUAGUGCGAUUCUCGAACAAAUCUCCACAUUUAAAAUAAACUACCGUGUUCAGCUGUUCUAUUUUCGGUAAAAGUUCAGAUUACCAAGGUUUGUCAAAACAUUAUCGAACGUUCGGUAAACUGUGCUGAAUUUCAGUAAUCUGAACUUUUACCGAAAACGGAACAGCCGAGCAAAUGACUCUAAAACAAGUGUGUCUGGGGGACUUCUUCAAGAAAUACCUGUACGUUUUUCUCUGAAAAACUAGCUGAAGAAUCCAUUAAAAUAACACUAGUUUACAAAAUAAAACGAAAGUCGUGAACUUCUGUCAACGACCAAAAUUUUUGAAGCAUAUUUUAGCGCUGAUUUCGAAACCGUGCUUUAAAAAAAUUAAAGUAGAACCGUUUUAAGUUUUAGCUCAAUAUCGAGUUUUACAACUUUUUAAAAUAUGGAAUUUAAUAAAAUUCAAAUAUCUUGCGUUUUGAUCAACCAAUUUUAAAUCUUUUUCCAUAAAUUAAAAGCUGAAUAUAAUUCGGUCAUCUGAAUGCAGGUUUUGCAUCAGUUUGAUGAAAAUCAAGAUAUUGGAGAGUUUUGGGGCGAUCUCCUUAAAAUUUAGCAAAAUUUCCAAAAAAAUAUGAAGAAAUGUAUUUUUUUCAAUGAGAAAAAAAAACAAUUUAAAAAUUCUUUUUCAACGUUUAUUUAACGUAUCAUAUGUGGGUGAGUUACAGUAAAAAAUUCAGCUCGAUCGGAGCAUUGAUUACGGAGAAUGAGAUGUGUGAAGUGAGCGACCUUGCUUAAAAAUAGAACAAAAAUCGAUUUUAAAUCACCAACCUUGUAUGGAAAGUCGAAAAAAUUUCCGCUCUACUGUAAUUUUUUUCUUUCGCGUUUUCGAACUCAGGGCAUGAUUCUACACCAAAAAUGAUCAUCAGCUUACCGAGUUCAAAAAUGCUGUAAACUAGUGUAAUUCAUGACAGAUGUUUUGAUGAAGUCCAAAGAAAUCUCUGUUAAACAUUCGGAAGGAUUCUUUAGGAGAAUUUAAGAAAGGAGUGUCUGAAGAAAUCUCCCCUGGAGUUUCAGUUGGAACGAACAGAUAUCUACCUCAAUUAACUCUUGGAGAAAUUUCUGGGGAAAUUCCAGAGGGAAUAUCUUAAAGAAGCCCAAAAGAAAUUGCUGAAGGAAACUUUGGAAGUAUUUCUGAAAGUGUCUGUGGAAGAACUCCUUCUGAAGAAUCCCUUGGAGAUAAGCAGAAGGCCAGAAGAUCAGAAAACCAGUAAAUCAGAAUACCGAAAUUUUAGAAAACUAAUAGACCAGAAGACUAGAAGACCAUUAUACCAGAAAACCAAUCACUGAAUACUAGAAGACCAAAAGACCUAGAGAUUAGAUGACAGAAUACUUGGAGAACCAAGAUAAUUGAACCAUUAAACCAGAAAAGCAAAAGACCUGAAUACCAGUUGACCAGAUGAUUGAAUAGAAGACUUAAAGCCCAACAUACCAGAAAAUUAAUAUAGCUAGAGACUACAACACCAGAAAACUACAAAACCAAGACGCCAAUAGAAACGAAUUUCGGAAUAGCCGGUACAGCUGAUUAUCAGUAACAGAACAGCAGAUCUCUAGUGGAAUGUCAAAACAUUUGAGGUGACAAUUCGAUAAUAAACUAUACCUAUUCCAGGACGUCACCAUCGUGAUUGCUUUGAAUCAUCCCACAAUGAACUCUGUUUUAUUAUUGUUUACCAACCGACGUUGAUAGCACAGCGCCACUGACUGGCGCUUGUCUCCGACAAAGAGCGAUAGGACUUCCAUUCAAUCAAUCCGAUUCGCUCUAAUGGAGGCGUCAGUCAUCGAUCGUCUAGUUCGUAGAAUGCAACUUGUUGCAUCACUCCUUGCAGCAAUUCUCAGCUGCGUAGUUCAGCCGGUGGAAUCGGAAUGUGUUGUCAAGUUCUCGGAAACCAGUUCAGGCGCAGGCAUUCAAAAACGAUCUUUCCAGAACUUCAGUUACUGUGAAUAUCUGGGAAUUCGAUAUGGAACCGCAGAACGGUUCGAGCCAUCCAAGAUGCUUGAGCCACAAGGUCAUCAAAACUAUUCUGCCCAAGGGAGCGUGUGUCCCCAGUUGGAUGACAUCAACUACCCAACGAAAGUGCUUGGAGAAGAAGAUUGCCUGUUCUUGAAUGUGUACAGUCCGAAGGAUGGUGAUGACAACGCUUUGUUUCCAGUGCUAGUAUUCAUCCACGGCGGAAGUUUUACCAUAGGAUCAGCUGGCUAUGAUGUUCAUGGUGUUGAUCUUCUGAUUGAAAAUGGAAUCAUCAUAGUCACCAUAAAUUACCGACUGGACGUUCUGGGGUUCCUCCGAUAUCCGGAGUUCAACAUAUCUGGGAACUACGGUUUACUCGAUCAACACUCCGCUCUUCUCUGGAUUCGGAAAUACAUAUACCACUUCGGUGGUGACCCAAACCGGGUGACCUUAAUGGGUCACAGUGCUGGUGCCUCGUCCAUCAACUACCAUAUGUACUCCGAUCAAUCCGCAGGAUUGUUUCAGCAAGCGAUCCUCCUGAGUGGAACCUUUCUAAUGCCGAACGCAUUCAUUUACGAACCUAACAAGUACGCCGAAUACUACUUUCUACAAUUGGGGGUUUCCACCCGAGAUCAGCUGAUCAACCGAGAUUUCCGAGAAUUCUUUUUCUUGAACGAUACCUCCCGUAUGCUGGGAACUGUAUUUGCCACCAUGCAGUUUCCCUGUUUCGUACCUGCAGCCGACGGGCAGUUCAUCAGCGAUUCACCUCAUCGGAUAAUCGCUCAGAAUGCGACUCGCAGCGAUAUCCCUCUUUUGGUGGGAACAACUGCCAACGAGUUCAUGUUACUGCUGGACUAUGCGAAGGACUACUUCUCCUGGGAUGAGAACUUCCCGAAUAGGGAUGACAAAAGUUUGCUGGAGUACAUCGAUGGAAUUAUUCGUGCGAUGGCGCAACACAUGGCAGAAGUCGGUUUAGUGAAUGAUACGACGCAGUUCUUCCGAGACCUUGCGAACUAUGCGAACAUGGUUUUUCCUGUUGACAGCUACACAUCCAAAGUGCUGACACCUGACAGAAAAAGUCCAAUCUAUCGGUAUCGGUUUGAUUUCGACGGUAGAUUUGCUUGGUACAAGCACGAGUUCUAUCGAAACAGGUUGAACAGCUCACGACCGGGGGUUAUCCACGGAGAUGAUCUAGGUUACAUUUUCACGCCCUACAAUGUCCGCGAAGCAGUUGAACAUCCCGAAAACUACCGCGAAGAAUGGACUGUUCACAGAAUGCUGGCGAAGGCCGUGGCCAAUUUUGUGAACAAUGGAAAUCCAUCAUCAGACCUCCUACAUUGGGAGACUGCGACGAAAGAGGGAGAGAACAUUAUGCACAUAAAAAAUGCAACCGAUUGCAAGUUCACCAAUCAUGAUCAUUAUUUACGGGACAUUUGGGAACAAAUUCAUGAUUGCUAUUACUAUUUUGAAUGUUCACAUCUUGAUGUCCUGAAGAACAAACAGAGAUGAGGUCUGAUGACCAACGUUCAACGGUGGAUUGAUUGUCACAAUAAUUUAGGAUUAAACUCGUUGUCCCGCAAACAAUUAUCUUUCAUUUAGUCUGAUUUCAUUAUUUAGAUUCUAAAACGUCAAGAGAAUAAACUGUAGAUUUUGUCCCAAGUAUACAAGACAAUUGAAACUUAACCGCAUCUCCUUUCGAAAGGACCAAUUUCCAAACCCGUCAACUCGACUUCCACUUUCGUCAAAUUUAGCGACUAAUUGCAUUGGAAUUCUGUCAAUAUGCCAUAUCAGCAGUCCCCACAGCAGUAGCAACAGCAGCAACCAGCAUCACUAAAACUCACAUUCCAUUUCGAUGCUACAGGUGCUCAAAGUGUUCGCGGUUGUCGGAAGCCCACACCACACCGCACCGGUACACAGUCGUAAAAUUUAUCUCAUAUUAAAUUUAUCACGCCCGAAGAGCUUCACCAUCACGAUCUUCAGUCUAGUAGCACGUGCCACCACUCACUACUGGUGAAUAUCCGUGAGCUCUAGCUCUACUACCUACAGUCAGCUAUCUAUCCUCUCCACCGUCACUAUGCAAGUAAAUAGGUUGGUAAAUGCAAAGCGCUUCCGCUUCAAAGUGCUACACAUUUGAAGGGAACAGCUGCUUCCCGGAAGGAAGGUGGCUGCGUCAGUGGUUCUGAAGGUUGAAUUGAUCUCGAUUCCUAACAAGUCUUUGCACAUCAUUAUUUUGAAUGUCGUAGUUUUUUUAAGUUCCAAGAAAAAUAGGGUUGUAUCACAAAUAAAAAACAAGAAAAAAGAAUAUUUUGAAAUCAUCCCUGAUAUCCUAACAGCAGGAUCAAACAUAGCUAUUGACGUAGCUUAAGGUAGCGGUUUAAAUUCAUGAAAACAAAGUCUUGAGGAAAAAUAACGUUAUUUGCAUAAAAUGUCCAAAAAUAAAAAAAAAAUCAGAAAGUCCAGAAACUCAUUUAGGAAUUCCUUUGAAAAUGUCUCCGAGGAUUAGUAAUUUCUUCACGAAUUGCUUCAGAAACUCCUCUACGGGUUCCUUCGGAAAUUUGAAGAUUCGUAUCAAGCGUGGAUACUGGUUAUGCUGUAUUUGCCGAGUAGUACCUUUUGUUGCAAUUCUGCUGUGCUCUCAAAUCAAAUCAUCACGUAACAGAUUAUUACAGUAAAUCUUCCAUGUGUUCCUCCAGAAGUGUCACAAAAAGUUCUUCUACGAAAUCUGACAUGCAUUGCUUCACCAAUUCCUCCAUAUUGAUCACAAAUCCUUUCAGAAAUUGUUUGAGAAACUAGCCCAGGGAUUACUUCCGAAUUUCCUCUAGAUAUUCGUUCAGGAAUUUCCCUGAAAAUACGUUUGGAGAAUCUAUGGAGAUUACUUCAGCCAACGUACCAAAAAUUUCUACAGAUAUUCUUCUGAUGAAUCUUAAAAAAAAUCUUUCGGAAAUUUGUAGUAUUGUAGUAUUGGACCAAAAAUUCCUUCAUAGUUUAUUUGAAAAAAUCUUCCAUGGAUUUUUUUCAGGGAUAUAUUUGAACCCAAAUAACACACUUGUCACAGAAGAGUCACGGCAGCGCAGGUUUUUGUUGCGCAGAAGUCACUGCGACUUACUGCUAACAAAUAAACACUUGCUUGCUAGAAGUAAGCCACAGUAACUUCUGCACAACAAAAACCUGCGCCGCCGUGACUCUUCUGUGACAUGUGUGUUACUUGGGAAUAUUUCUCCUAUUCCACAAAUUCCACAUAGAUUUUUUUUCAAAAGACCUGGCAUGAUUUACUUCUAAAAUUUCUCCAUUUUAUUCAUGAAAUUGUUCAUAUAUUUGCGCAGAUAUUCCUCCAGGGAUUUCUUCAAAAAAUCGUUCAGAGACUCCUUCAGAAAUUUCUUUAGACAUUUAUUUAGAAAGUUCUCCAGAGAUUCUUAUAAUAAAACUUCCAGCGAUGCCUUCAAAACCUACUCUAGAUUUUUCUCAGAAAUUCUUUCAAAAGUUCUUUCAAAAAUUUGUACUAGGGUUACACCAGAAACUCUCACAGCAAUUAAUCCAAUCGAUCCAGAAAUUCCACUAGGGAUUCCUCCAAAAGUUACCCAAAGAUGUAUGUAUGAGUUUCUACAGAAAUUCCUCCAUGAAUUUCUAUUGAAAAUCCAUCAGAGGUUAAAAAAAAAGACACGGACACCGUCUUCAGCCAGAGGCUGGACAGAAUGAACGAAACUUAACACUAGACAACGGACAUACGGAUCAUGCACCAGUGGAUACGGAGAAGAAAAUAUUCUCACGAAAAGUUUCAUUGCACGGAGCGGGAAUCGAACCCUCACCCCACAGCAUGGUGCGAUUAGAAGUUUGGUGACCCUAACCGCACGGCUAAGAGGCUCCACCCAUUUUUCGGGACAUUUCUAGAUUUCUGCUCUCCGAAAACUCUUUCGGAAACUCCUAUCAAACGAUCAUCCAAGAAUUCAUUAUAAAACAUGUUCUGGGGUUUGCAUAAGAUAUUUAAAUUUCUUUCCGAAAAUCUUUUUGGGAUUUCUUAAAAAUUCUUCCACGGACUAUUAAAAAAAACAAAUUAAUCCACCUAGUGGUGAUAGGGCCUUUCUCGUCGAAUAUUUACUCAUGAACUUUUCUUCGACGUUAACCAAAAUGUUCCUGAAUCCUGAAAACACUUUACAUGGAAAAGCCAUCAUCGAUUUUCGAAACUUAUUGAUAAUACAUAUUCCGAUGUUAUGUUCAACAACAAAACAGAGCAGAAAAAUAUCAUAUCUCUCAGUUGACUGCUUGACCACCUUAAGCCAAGUCGUGUAUUGGGGUCAUUAUGACCCCAUUUCAUCCACUACGGCAGCGGCGUGAGCGUCAGCUAAUGCGUGAAGAAGGUUAACUUUAUUCACAAUCACAGAUCACUUUGUGAUCUUCGCCAAUGUUUAUUUCAGCUCACUUUAGGCUAUAUUUUAUUAUCAUUGGUAACACGAUUCAUGUAAAAUUUGACCUUCCUAUGAGAAAAAUGCAAAAAUGUAAAUUUUCCAAUAAAAUCAAUGAGAAGAGUGAGGGCUCAACCAGUCGCACCCAAAUUAUGCGCAGUUUAAGAAGCAUAAUGAGUUUGAUGAUUGAAAAACUGUAUGACGUUGAUGUGAUUAAAUUAUGUAUUUCCAUAAAACGUUGAUCCAUCCUACUAUACAUUUACACCGCAGGAAUCUGAAAUGGUGUGAUUUGAAGAGAUAGCUUUGGUCACGAUUUCGUUCUCUUGCAUAUAUGAAGACAUUGACCAUUUCUUCACUUACAAUCUUACCCAACGUUUACAUUCUAUCAGAAAAGCCACAAUUUGAUUCAUCGCUUUGACAUUUAUUUUGUUCACUUUUAUAAUUCCGCUAUUUGAUGUGCAGCUUGCAAGGGUUUUGUUGAAUUUUACGUUUGACAACUUCCGGCGGGACACCUGGAACCGAUUCCGGUUGUCUCAAAUAUGGUCUUAGACUAUGUUUUUGUCAACUGUUCAUCACGUUACCUGAAAAGCCGAAAAUUAAUGUGAUUUGAGGCUAUUUACUUGCUAACCGUUCGGUAUUUUUUU